GCUAAACGACCAUCACACAAGUCUUCUUCUACUUAGCAAGUAGUAGACUAGUAGUAUAUCAUUCUACAACUUUUCAAGUCAAUCAAAGUCACCUUAGAUAAAUGGUGUUCUUGAUCUUGAACACUUGCAUUUACUCCUAAAUAAUGGCCAUCCAAGAAUUAAAUCUAAGCUCACAAUAAUGAAAUGAAUAAACUCCCACCAUGAUGUUGCUUCCUUUCUCCCUUUUCCAAUUUUUACUUCCCAUCUUCCUCUUAUCCUCAGCAUGUAUUGCUCAACUGCAGGCUGUGCAGUACCUCAUCAACUGCGGCUCUUCGGAUAAGACAACCUACCUAAACAGAGAAUUUUCAGGAGACAAUAACCGCGACUUAGUCAGCUUCUCCAAGAGCAAAACCGCCAAAGACAACCAACCAGCAGACCCAUCUAUGUCCUUGUACCAAACAGCUAGAUUUUUCAGGAAGUCAUCAACCUAUAACUUUAACCUUCCACAAAAUGGCACUUACUUUGUGCGUUUGCAUUUCUAUGCCUUCUCUUCAUCACUUGCUGAUGCCGAAUUCAAUGUCUCAGCAUCUAGCCGUAUGCUGCUGACUGAUUUUACCCCUGGGAAAAAUGCUACAACUUCUCCAAUAAUCAAGGAGUUCAUUCUCACAGUCAAUCAAAUAGGGGAAUUUAAAAUUCAUUUUGUUCCUAGUCCAUCAUCAUCUUUAGCUUUUGUCAAUGCAAUUGAAGUGUUAUCUACAGCUUCAAACAUUACAGGGGAUGGUGGAGUUUAUGCAACACCUGUAAGGAAGAUGGGAAAUCAGAAAAGUCAUAAACAUGAAGUUCUCGAAACAAUUUACAGGAUUAAUGUUGGGGGUACAGAGGUUAAACCAGCAGGUGACCUUUUGGGGAGGAUUUGGAAACCAGAUGAUCAGUAUCUCACCAACAAGGGUGAUGCACAAAAUGGAACUGUUAAGACCGAUGUUGUUAGUAACAACAGGCCAGAUAAUGCUCCAACAGUCGUUUACGGGACCGCAAAAGUAUUGAAUUCCCAAAUUUCUAGCAAUAUUCCAAAUCUUACUUGGAGUUUCAGUGUAAACAAAGGCACCAAGUACUUUGUCCGGGUUCAUUUCUGUGAUACCAUCACAACUAAUGGCCUUUACAUUUUUACCUUUUACAUUAGCAGUACUAGUAAUUAUAGUGAGGCGAUAGCUCCACAUGCUAUCGCCGGAGUGGAGGAACCUUUUCAAAAGGAUUAUGUUGUUGAGUCAAAUGAUCUUGGAACUAUUAACAUUACUGUAGGACCAAACAAUGGGUCUGUUGAUAAGACAUACUUUUUCCUGAAUGGACUGGAAAUAAUGCAGGUAAUGAAUGAAAGUGUUCUAGAAACCCCAAAGGAACACAAUGCCCAAUAUGUUCUCAUAGUCAGCUUGGUUGCAUCUGCAGUUGCGCUGAUACUUGUUCUGGCAGCUAUUGUUGUCCGUCUUUAUCUGAAAAAGAGGGAAAAGAAGACUACUGAAACAUUUGAGUGGGGAAGUUUGCCGCUGUAUGGUGCAACGAGUACUCACAACAGGACUUCUGAGGGUGAAUCUUCUCAUGCCUCAACUUUUCAGAGCCUACACUUGGGAUUGAAGAUACCCUUUGCCGCGAUUCAGCAGGUAACAAACAAUUUUGAUGUAAAUUUGAUUAUUGGAGAAGGUGGCUUCGGUAAGGUCUACAAAGGGACACUGGGAAGUGGGCUCAAAAUUGCCGUGAAGCGAGGCAGCUCAGAUCAUGGCCAAGGAAUAUCAGAGUUUCAGACAGAGAUUAUGAUUCUGUCCAAAAUCCGCCACCGUCAUCUAGUUUCCUUAAUUGGUUACUGUUGUGAAAAUGACGAAAUGAUACUGGUUUACGAAUUCAUGGAAAAAGGAACGCUAAGGCAUCACUUGUAUGAGUCGAAACAUAAUACUGCUUCGUCUACCCAAGGGGUACUGUCCUGGAAAAAAAGGCUCGAGAUCUGCAUUGGGGCUGCCAAGGGUAUUCAGUACCUCCACUCUGGUACAAAUAUGGGAAUCAUUCAUCGUGAUGUCAAGUCCACUAACAUAUUGCUUGAUGAAAAUUAUGUGGCUAAAGUUGCUGAUUUUGGGCUAUCUAGAUCAGGGUAUCUGGAAGAGAGUCAUGUCAGUAUAUCAGAUGUAAAGGGAACUCUUGGUUAUCUAGAUCCUGAGUACGUCACAUGCCUGCAGCUGACAGAGAAAUCUGAUGUAUACUCAUUUGGGGUGGUUCUUCUUGAAGUACUUUGUGCAAGACCUGUUAUCGAUCACUCACUUCCGAGAGAGCAAGUCAGUUUAUCUGAUUGGGUAAUGACUUGCUAUGAGGAGGGACAGCUUGAGGCAAUAAUCGACCCAUUGAUUGCAGUUGAAAUCAACCCAAAUUCCCUGAAGAAGUUCUGUGAGACUGCUAAGAGAUGUUUGCAAAAAGAUGCAGCAGAUAGACCUCCAAUGUCAGAUGUGUGUUGGGGUUUGGAAUAUGCCUUGCAGCUUCAGAAAUUGGCUACUGAAAGAGUGGCGUUGGAUGACAGCACCACAGAUGCUUCCCUGAAUAUGCCAUUACCAGCUGUUCGCCGUUUUCCUUCUCAGAGCAUUGUUGAUGACGAAUAUGAUGAUGAGCUAUUAAACACUGGCACUGGCGAAGUAUUCUCUCAGUUGACAUUUGAAGAUGGCACUGCGAGAUGAUAUCAAAUUUUUUCAAGAUUGGUGUUGUUCUCUUCUAUAACUGUGGGAAUUGAAUAGCCUUCAAUAAGUAGUGAUUGUUAGCUAACUUAAGUUUCUUCAUGUCAUUUCUUCAGUGCAGAUAAGUCAAUUUCAGAGCAUAUCUUAUUUGAUCUUAUUCUGUCUGAUAUUGUAUUCCGAAGGGAAAUUUCAGCGAGUCAAUAAAAUAAGGUAUUGACAUCAGAAUUUCCGCUGUGGGUAAUACAACUUGAGAAUUUCCAUGUAUGUGCCCCCUUUUCAGCUGCUCAUCCUUGAUAUAUCUGAUAUGUAUCUUCUAGGUUAUGCAGGCGUUGAGUCUGUUUAUGAAUGGAAGGGAGAGGUAAGUAAUAUAUUCCAUCCUAUCAAAAGCAGUACAAGUUAGAAGUUAGUAAUCUAGGACAUACAGAAAAACUAUGUUGUUCGCCUCACUUGGUAAAAAACUGGUCUUCUGAUCACUUUCAUAUUAUUCAGUAUCAUUCUUUUCCAAGCAUGAA